AUGGGAGCCAUUUUUGGAAAACAUCGUCCCAUACGGUCAUAUGCUUUUGCCUACAUACAUACUAUGGGUGUGUGCCUAUGUGAAGCUGAUGGUAUGGGUGAGUGUUAUGCAAAUUUCGCUGACGUCAUCUGGGCUGGAAACGACAACGACGACGAUCACCGUAAUGCGACCCAGUACGACAUAGCUGAAUACGAUUCCCUGGCGGAGUUACAGGAACAAUCCCCAAUGAACUUCCAAUAG